AUGCAGUUGCUCCGGUUCUGGGCCGCGCUAGCGGUGGUGUUGUUCUCGGUGGUUGUGCUGGCAGCAGAAGAUUAUUACAAGAUCCUGGGGCUGGACAAGUCGUCGUCGGAGAAGGAUGUUAAACGGGCGUAUCGCACUAUGAGCAAGAAAUACCACCCGGACAAGAACCCUGGUGAUGAGUCGGCCCGAGAGAAAUUCGUUGAAAUUGCAGACGCCUACGACGUCCUGUCGACCUCGACCCUGCGCAAGAUCUACGACCAGCACGGGCACGCGGGCGUCGAGCAGCACCGGAAGGGAGGCAGCGCCGGCGGGCACGCCCACGACCCGUUUGAUCUCUUCUCGCGGUUUUUCGGCGGUGGUGGUCACUCUGGACAUGCGCCGGGCCACCGCCGCGGACCAGACAUGGAGGUGCGGGCGGGGCUGCCGCUACGCGACUUCUACGUGGGCCGGGAGAUGACGUUUCUGGUGGAAAAGCAGCAGAUCUGUGAUGCGUGCGAGGGGACGGGGUCCAAGGACCACGAAGUGAUUACGUGCGACCGGUGUGGUGGCCACGGCAUGGUGAUCCAGAAACAUAUGCUGGCGCCAGGCAUGUUCCAGCAGGUCCAGAUGGCGUGCGACCGCUGUGGCGGGCGCGGUCAGCAAAUUAAGAACCCGUGCCCUGUGUGUGCAGGGAAGCGCGUGGUGAAGAAGGAGAUCGAGACCACGGCCGACAUUGAGCCCGGCAUGGGCAAGGGCACGCAGCUGGUCUUUGAGAACGAGGCCGACGAGAGCCCCGACUGGGUAGCGGGAGAUUUGGUCGUCACACUGGACGAGAAAGCGCCCGAGCUUGCCUCCGAAGACGAUGAUGAUAACUACCGCACCGACGGCACGUUCUUCCGCCGCAAGGGCAAGGAUCUGUUCUGGAAGGAGUCUCUGUCGCUGCGCGAGGCCUGGAUGGGCGACUGGUCGCGAAACCUCACCCAUCUCGACGGCCAUAUUGUCCGUCUCGGCCGCGCCCGCGGGGAGGUCGUCCAGCCUCUGUCUGUUGAGACUGUCGCUGGCGAGGGCAUGCCGCAUUACUCCGGCGCCGAUCUGCAUGAGCAACCCGAGGACGAGGACGUGUCGCACGGUAACCUCUACAUCGAGUACACGGUCGUACUGCCCGACCAGAUGGAGAGCGGGAUGGAGAAGGAGUUCUUUGCCCUGUGGCAGAAGUGGCGCAACAAGGUCGGCGUCGAUCUGGCUACCGAUAGCGGCCGGCCGAUGCCUCCGCCGGCGGAGGAGGCCAAGGACGAGCUGUGA